CUCCUCGGAAUCUAACCCGAUCAUGCUGCUUGCUCGAGCAUUCCGCCUUCCAUAUGGCCAGCGUCUGUUCUCGUCAACCUCAUUGGCUUACAAGACCCUCAUUCAGUUUGAAAAUGCCAAUAUUCACCGGUUUGGAAAUUUGAAUCCUGCAUUCAAGGAUCUGUCCUGGCAACUCAAAGAAGGCGAACGUUGGGUCGUGGUUGGAGCGGUCAGUGCCGGCAAAACCACGUUUGCUGAAACCGUGGCGGGUAAACAUUUAAUUCAGCCUCUGACUGCUGGACAAUGGCAGUUCAUCAGCAAGGACAAGUCGCCUUAUCCUUCCGAUCACAUCAAAUUGGUUUCUUUUAGAGAGAACUCUUCUCUAUUCAGUUAUGGAAAGCACUAUUAUCAGGAACGAUUCAACUUUAGUGAUCCUGAAAACGAUAUUACUCUUCGUGAUUACCUAUUGAAGGAUCAAAUUGGCGACGAUGCAGCCAUUGACAACGUCUCCAAGUUACUCAGCAUCGACCACAUGCUCAAUCUGUCUUUUAUGAAACUUUCUAAUGGUCAAACUCGACGCGCUCGUAUUGCCCGAGCUUUGCUGACUAACCCAGAAAUGUUGAUCUUGGACGAACCGCUCAUGGGACUGGACGUUGCCAACCGGUCAAAGAUUUUGGAUAUCCUUGGUAACCUGUCGUCUCGCGUCCUGGUCGUGCUUAGACCGCAAGAUGAACUGCCUGAUUGGGCAACCAACGUGCUAGAGUUGGGAGACAUGAAAAUACAGUGGUCAGGAAAAGUAGACGAGUACAAGAAGAGAAUUGCACAAGCUUCUGAAGAAAAGCAACAGGAAGACGACGAUUACAAGCAAACCAUACCCGAAGGCGGAGAUCCUGUGGUUGAGCUUCGUGGUGUCAAUGUAUCGUAUGGUGGACGAAAAAUUAUCAACGACCUUCAUUGGACUGUUCGCCAAGGUGAACGAUGGGCUCUGCUAGGACCCAAUGGAUCUGGCAAAACGACACUUUUAUCCCUGUUAACAGGUGACCAUCCACAAGCUUACGCCAAUGACAUGUCGUUGUUUGGUAGAAAGAGGGGCAGUGGUGAAUCCAUUUGGGAUAUCAAACAGCGCAUUGGUUUGGUCAGCCCGGAAAUCCACUUGUAUUUUAACCAACAGAUGACUGCUCUGAUGGCGGCAGGUACCGGCUUUUUCGACGUGGUUGUUCCUCGAAAACUGUCUACAGAACAAGAGACGUCGGUUCGUCAAAUAUUUGAUGAAUUUGAUAUGAAGGAUCUGAUGGACAGAAAGCUCAUUGACAUGUCGACGGGAGAACAGAGGAUGGUUUUACUUGUCCGAUCUUUGGUCAAGUCUCCGUCCUUGCUUAUUUGGGAUGAACCUUUUCAAGGCUUGGACGAUAAGAUGAUCGGCCAAGUCACCAAGUGGCUUGAGAACCAUAUGCGCCCCGAUCAAACUUUGAUCAUCGUUACCCAUCAUGAGGAAGAAAUUCCUCGCGCUGUCAACCAGCGCCAUAUCCUCCCUAUGAUUUCUGACAAGGUACAAUAAAACUGACUGACCGAUCAGCGUGUGUAUGACGACUAUAGAGGAUGAAGUAGAAAUUUGUUUGUUUUUCAACAUGAUAAUGAACCAUAGGCUCCUUUUAGUGAAUUGCAUGCAACAGCUCUAGCAUCAG